ACUUCCCAUGCAAUAAAUAGCUUCGAUCCUCUUCUCUCGACUCGAUCCACAGGUAACCCUAGCAGCAACCAAAACACUGUCCCAUUUGGCUAAAGAUUUCCUUUUGGUCUUCUCACAUAUACAAUACAAAAUGUCCCAGGUGGUUCUCCUCUGCCUUCUGGCCGUCGUCUCCCUUUCGAUGCAUGCAUGCGACGCUCGGUACCGGCUGAGUCUCAUUGACACUACUGAUCAAGCAGAAAGCUCACCCAACAGCAACUAUCCUCCCAAGGAAGGUGUAAGCCUCCAAAAUGGUGCAAUCAAUACCGCCGUCAAGCACAAUAACCCUUUCACACCCAUUCUCAACAAGGAAAUUACUGCAGCUGGUCCACUAAUUGCUCAUCCUAGGGAUGGUUUGCAGCAGCAGCAGGAAGAUCCGAAUAAUAACGACCUACUAGUGGGAAUGAGGAAGAGGAUGGGGAGAGUGCUAAUGGUGGAGAAGGAAGACAGCAACAACAGCAAUAAUAGUAAUGGUGGAGAUGAUCAGUCAAAAGAGGCUAAUUAUACUGAUGAUGAUGCUGAGGCAGCAGAUCAGGAAAGCAGUGGAGUUGUUGUGAUGGACUAUGCGCAGCCACAUCGAAAGCCACCAAUCCACAAUGAAAAAUCAUAAAAAAAGAAUACAUAAAUUAUUAAGUUCCCAUAUAUUUCCCUAAUUACAUUACACCAUCCAAGGGCUGUGAUUACGUAUACAUGUAAUCCUCUGCUGCUGCAUAACUUUGUUUUUAUUUCCUUUCUACACAUAUAUGAUUUGAUUGAGUGUUGCCUA